UAUAGUAUGAGUAGCGACAUGAUCCGAAUGAACUGACGAUGGUUCGAUUUAUUACGGUUUUUAGUUUUUACCCGUUUACUUAAUUUCUUUUUAUUAUUAACUGUGAAGUAUUAGUUUAAGCUAUAAGUUCUAUUGAAUUUCUGUACUAAAUUAUAGUACUAAUUUUAUUAGCAACUUGGUUAAACUUAUUCAUAUACUUUUUUUAAAUCUCUUGCGCUUAAUAUGUAUUUAUAUACUUUUAUAUUUUAAUCAUCAGAGUUAAGUUUAGUUCCACAGCUAAGCUUUUUAGUUGACUUCAUUGGAAAAUAUGGACUACUCAAUACAUUAAUACAUCUUAAUUCAACAAUUAAAAGAGUAUUAUUCUUCUGAUUCAAUUUUUAAGAAGUUGUAUAGCUGUAUAAAUAAUGGGCGGAAAAACUACAAAGUUAUUUAGAAGCUCACCUCAACCAAGUACCAAAGAUCAAACUGAUAAUAACUCUCCAUAUCACGAGCAUCAUAAAAACCAUGAUAACCAUGACAUCCAACUACCAGAUGAUCCAGUUGUGAAAAAUCCUUUAAGUCCAUUUGUAUAUUACAGGAAAGGGUCAAUGUAUAUCGAUGAGGAUGGUGAUAUUGCACAUGAAUUUUAUGCAGAAACAAAAAUAGGAUCAAAAUUAACUUUAAAACAAAUCAGUAACCAGCAUUUAAAACCUCAAGGAGAUGUACCUUUAGAUGUACCGUGCUUGAGAAACGAUUAUCCAGUUAUCUUAUUGGACCAAAACAGAAUAAAGGAAUGAUUAGUUUCACAUAAAAACAUUAUUGAGUAUAAAAACAUAAUCGUUCCUAUGAUAUUGUUCUUUUUCCCGUUUAUUAAAAUUUUAAGUUUUAUUAAUUGCUACAAAAUAAAUAUUACAAUUUGCAUCCAGUUUAAUCAAUAAUAAGUGUAGAAUAUGAAAUACUUAUCUUGGUGUACUGGUUGCGGUAAAUGUCUACUUAUUAUUUGUAACAUCAGCAUUUAUGUAUAAACUAAAAUACUUAAUUUAACUGAAUAAAUUUAUGAAAUAAUUACUCCCAUACUUGUGUUCCAUAUAUAAUUGAUUGUACUAGAUUAUUGAAUUGAAUUUAGUUGAAAAUUGUAUAUCAAUUGAUUUUUACUUGUUUAAUUAAAUAUGUAACAAGCAAGUGGGAUGUCACUUUGUCUAAAUUAAAAAUACCAUACAUAAUGCUUAUGAUGUAUUUUUUGUAGAUAAAUUAUGACUGACAAAAUAACUAUUAAUAUUAUACCGAAUAAGUUUAUUCAUUAAUUAAAAACAUAGAUAUCCAAAAAUAAAAUGUAGUUAAAAAACUUAAUAAAUACUGCAAGAAUUCUUUAAAUAAUUAUUCUUAUCACAUCAGUUAUAUUAAAAUUAAAAUAUACUUAUUUCAUUUUUUAUAAUAAAACUAAUUUUAAUCUAUUUGUUUGAUAUGUUAAGAAAAGAUCAAUGGUCUUCACUGAUUUAACCAAUAAACAAUAUUUCUAAUAUUAACAGUUCAUUAUAAUUUUCGAUGUUUGCCAUUUAAAAUUAUUAUUGGCUAAAAGAAACAAUUACCCACACAAUUAAUAUGAUAUUUAUAUUAUUAGAUGGAUUUAAUAUUAUAAUUUUAGUCAUUUUUCUUACAUUUAAAUGUUUUAUACAUUUAAAUAGUCCAUUAUUGUUGUGUUUGUUUGUCUUAGGUAUAUAAGUAAAGUAAUUUUAUUGUUUUGUGUUUUUUUUUUUUUGAAAAUCUUACAUUAUACUGUAAUUUUAUGAUAGAUUAUUAUUUUGAAUUGAUAUAGCUUGAUACUUAAUUAUUAUAAUUUAUCAUAGAUUUGUUUUCAUUUAAAACAACAUUUAUCGAAAGGUUGUAAUGUAAGCAUGUAUUUGUUUAAUUUUAACAGUUAAUAAAUAUUGUUUUUACUAUCACUGUUUUAUAUUACAUAUUAUACUAAAGUUUAAGUUGAGAACAAAAGUCUCAUUUUAUUACAUAUGAUUUUAAUAUUUGAUAUGUGCAUUGUUUAUCUACUUUAUAUUUAUAAAUUUAUUAACAGUAUUCUUAUUGAUUUUACAUUACUGUACUCAAUAUUACUUGUAAUAAAUUAAUUAAAUUUGA